AUGUUUACACCAGGCAGCUCACGUAAGCGCCAACAGCGACGUGAAAACGAGGAUCUGUCUAUUGAUAGUAGUGACGAAACAUGCGCCAGCGACAAUCCUCAAAUGGACACAGACGAAGAGAGCCAUGAAGCUCAUCCCUCUGUCGAAGAGUCGUUCCGCAUUGAUGAAGAUGACUAUGAUACUUCCUACGCAGGCGAGGGAUCGCUGGUGACUGAUCCCGACGAGCAUAGCUCCGACCAAGACAGCAAUGGAGAUCCCACCGAAGAAGGAUACGACGAAGCGAUCGAGGUCAUGCCGCGCCAUGUUGUGUAUGACAAAGACUUCCCUCAGAUCAGUCAGGAUUUGUCGAAGCUAGCCACAAGUGUUUGUGGUAUUAUCGAACGAUCAGGAUGUGACAACGACCGUUCCAAGGGCUGCUUAGAGAAGGCACAAUGGCUCACCAAAACCCCAGACGCAGAAAAGGAGAUCGUAGCUUUGAUUGGGGACUCGGGCGUUGGCAAGUCAUCUUUGAUCAACUCCUUGAUCGGCAUACCCAAGCUCGCUCGUGCGUUAUCGGGAGGAACAAGUUGCACAUGGGUAUGUACAGAGUAUGCUGCUGCACCUAAUGAGCAAGAACCUCCAUUCUCAGCCUUCAUCCACUACAAACGUAAAGAGGAGAUUCUGGACUUUCUCCGAAAGCUUCUUUACGAUUACAAGGUGUAUAAUCUCGAGAGCACGGACGAGUAUGAUGCUGCAGCAAAAUCAGAGCUCCGGCAGCUCUCAGACACUGCCGUUGAUAUUUUUCGCUCGCUCUUCUGCGAGCGGCAAGAAUUCAGGUCCCUUCAGACCGGAGUAGAGUGUCUCAAUCAGCUACUCGAAGGUAGCGGAAUUGACGACGCUGCUCAAGACCGUGGGGCUUGGUGUAUGGAGAUUCUCGAAGCGAGGCUGGCCCCCCACGCCGAAAUGAUAGAAGUUCUGCAUGCAGACGACGUUAAAGCGCUUCAUCGGCAUCUCGAUACUCUGGCGAAACCUAUUGGUCAAUACAAAUCUACAACCUAUUGGCCACUGAUUCAGCGUAUUCGCAUCACGAUUAAGGAUGUCGAGAUUCUGCAAGGCGUGUCAUUCUACGAUCUUCCGGGAACCCACGACAAGAAUGCCGUUCGCUUGAAUGCAACUUGA